AACUAAACAAUCAUAAAUAAAAGUUUAGAUCUCAUCUCUCUCUCUCUAGACUGAUCGGAGAUGAGAGAAAUGUCAUCGGAAACCCGAUCUCCGGUGCCUUUGCUGUACCGGAGACAUUCGAGUGAGAAGAUCAUGAACAACUUGGCAUCGGUUUCGAGUAGUCUGUUGCCGGCUUUUGGAACUGUUGUGGGAGGAGAUUCACCUCCCCUUAGGAAAUAUGUCAUUGCACCUUAUGAUCGCCGGUACCGGUGGUGGCAAGCAUUUCUAGUGCUAUUGGUUAUAUACUCAGCAUGGUCAUCCCCCUUUGAGCUAGCUUUCAAGAAGGUGGCUACAGGAUCUCUCCUCUAUGUCGAUUUGGUUGUUGACUUCUUUUUUGCUACUGAUAUCAUCGUAACUUUCUUCGUCGCGUAUUUGGAUAAAUCAACAUAUCUGCUUGUUGAUGAGCACAAGAAGAUAGCCACAAGGUAUGUCACACAUAUGAUGUUCCCUAUGGAUGUGGCAUCAACACUGCCAUUUCAAACGAUAUACCGAAUUUUGACCGGAAAGCUGCACCGUGGGGAUGUUUUUGGGUUUCUUAACUUGUUAAGGCUUUGGCGGCUAAGGCGUGUUAGCGAGCUAUUCUCAAGACUAGAGAAAGAUACACGCUUCAGCUACUUCAUGACAAGAACCAUCAAACUAAUAUGUGUAACGCUUUUUGCAGUGCACUCAGCUGCCUGCUUUUACUACUGGAUAGCCGCUCAUCAUCAUAUCUCACAAGAUACAUGGAUUGGAUCUAUAAUUGAAAACUUUGAGGAUAGAAGCAUUUGGCUUGGAUAUACGUAUUCGAUGUAUUGGUCAAUUGUGACGCUUACAACAGUCGGCUAUGGAGACUUGCAUGCAGUAAAUACAGGGGAGAAGGUGUUCAAUAUCUUCUACAUGCUGUUCAACAUCGGUCUCACUUCUUAUCUAAUUGGAAACAUGACCAAUCUAAUCGUCCAUGGUGCUGUCAGAACUUUUAUCAUGAGAGAUUCGAUCAAUGAGAUUUUAAGAUACGCAAGCAAAAACAGACUUCCAGAAGGGUUGAAACAGCAGAUGUUAGCUCACAUGCAACUCAAGUUCAAGACAGCUGAGCUACAGCAAGAAGAAGUUCUGGAGGACCUACCUAAGGCGAUUAGAUCUAGCAUUGCCCAGCAUCUAUUCCGAAAAACCGUCGAGAAGACUUAUCUAUUUAAAGGCAUCUCAGAAGACCUUAGCAGACAAUUGGUUGUAGACUUGAAAGCAGAAUAUUUCCCACCCAAGGUUGAAGUUAUACUACAAAACGAGAUACCAACAGAUUUCUAUAUUAUAGUAUCUGGAGGAAUGGAGGUGAUGAUACACAAAAAUGGAACGGAUCAGUGCUUGAUCAAACUAGGCCCAAUGGAUAUGUUUGGAGAAAUUGGGGUGUUUUUCAACAUCCCCCAACCUUUCACAGUGAGAAGCAGGAAACUUUCACAGGUGGUCCGAAUUAGCCAUCAUCGUUUUAAGCAACUGGUGCAGUCGCUUGAUGAAGAUAAAAAGAGAAUAAUGAUCAACUUCACAGAGUAUCUUAAGGAAUUAAAGAAGGAGGUGCAAGAUGAAAUGCCAUUCUUGGCAGAGCUUCUUUUGGACUUGAAUAUGGAGCAAACCACACCAGUUAACGAAUCAGAAAACCGUGAACCAUCCAAUUAUACUCAAGAAGAUAGAGAAGGAACACCCACAUCUGUGCUCAUAAACACAUUACCCAUGAGGGUGGUAAUCCAUGGUUAUCAUCCACAUGAGGGAACGACAGAUAGCAAAAGGACAGGAAAACUUGUCCAUCUGCCAGACUCAGUAGAAGACCUUCUGAACUUAGCAGAGAAGAAGUUCGGGAAAAGAGGAACUACAGUUCUCUUGGCUGAUGGGUCUCAAGUGGAAGAUCUUAAUGCUUUAAGAGAGAAUGACCACCUGUUUAUAUCUUGAAUACAUGAAAAUAUAAUUUUUAAGUGUUUUUUCAGAUAAAGAAGUUGCUUUUAACUUCUACAAUGUAAUAUAUACAAAUCCAAAUGCAAUAUUUUCUUGUAAAAAUUGAAAUAUUGUCGUGAAUUGUUAUCAAACUCACUAUUAAUGUAUUAUUAUGUUGUGGUGAUC